UGUGUAGUGGACUAUGUCUGGGGUUCGCGAUGAUCUUCCUUGUUGAUGUGGGUUUUUACACGAUAUUCCUCCGAGAGAACAACUUCACUCUCAAGACAUAUAACACCGCCACUUUAACAGGGACACAGCAGCACACAAUGGAGGAACCACAGCCAGCUCCGACACGGUGGGAGGUUGAGUUGGAGUUUGUUCAGGCGUUGGCGAAUCUGCAGUACUUGAACUUUCUGGCACAGAACAAAUACCUCGAAAAGGAGGAGUUCUUGAACUAUUUGAAGUACUUGGAAUACUGGCGGGAACCACAGUACGCAAAGCACUUGGUCUAUCCCAACUGCCUACAUGUUCUUACGCUCUUGCAGAGCGCACACUUCAGGGAGCAGAUCCUUAGACAGGACACUGCUGCGGUGUUGAUGAACGACAUGGUGAAUAGAUGGAAGGAGCCUCAGACGAUGUUUGCAGCGACGCCGAUAAGCGAGAAGAAGACGGGCGAUGUUGCCAGCGUACCCGAAACAAAGGCUGACGAGGAAGCUGGUGAUGAGGCAGGCGUGCAGCACAAUGGAACUGCAGAGACAGCUGUUCCGUCUAUUGUUGUUAAUGGUAAUGACUCCAGUGGUUCUACGUCGAAUGACGUAUCAACGGCAGAGCCACAGAGCACAGAAGCUAUGCAAUGAAAAUCGUUGUUACGAUGAAUAUGAUGAUUAUUAAUACAUUAGUGUAGU